GAGGGAGUGGGGAGAGAGAGAGCAGUGGGGAAUUCUAGAUUGUUGAGAUCGGAUCGAAGCUCUAUGGGCGAGGCAUUGAUGAGGGACUACGAGAUCGGGGCGGAGAUCGGGCGGGGGCGAUUUGGGGUGGUGCGGCGGUGUCGGUCGGUGGCCACGGGGGAGGAGUUUGCGGUGAAGUCGGUCGAUAAGCGGCUUCUCGCGGACUCCGUCGACCGCGAGUGUGCGGCGCGGGAGGCCAAGGUCCACGGCCUCGCUGCUGCCCGGAACCCCUACGCGGCGCAGAUCUACGACGCAUAUGAGGAUGACCACUGGGUGCACCUAGUGGUGGAGCUCCUCGACGGCCCCGACCUCUGCGACCGGAUCGCCGCCCGCGGGGGGACACCGUUCCCCGAGCCGGAAGCGGCAGCUGUGGUGGAGGCGCUUGCGGAGGCCCUAGCUGGCUGCCACCGACGGGGGGUAGCGCACCGGGACGUGAAGCCGGACAACGUGCUCUUCGACGCGCUGGGCCACCUCAAGCUGGCCGACUUCGGGUCAGCUCAGUGCUUCCUCGAUGCAGACGGGGAAUGGGCGCCGAUGAGUGGGCUGGUGGGAACACCGUGGUACGUGGCGCCGGAGGUGGUGGCGGGUCGGGAGUACGGGGAGAAGGUGGACGUGUGGAGCGUGGGGGUGGUGAUGUACAUGAUGCUUUCCGGCGGAGCGCCCCCGUUCUACGGGGACACAGCGGCGGAGACCUUCGAGGCGGUGGCCAGGGCCAACCUGAGGUUCCCGUCGAGGGUUUUCCGCUCGUUGUCGCCGGCGGCCAAGGACCUGAUGCGGCGGAUGCUCUGCAGGGACGUCGCAAGAAGGUUUUCCGCCGAACAAAUCCUCGGGCAUCCUUGGAUUUUAAGUGGAGGGAUGAGUCCGGUGGAGGGACCAAGCCGGGAUCCAUCACUGUCCAUGGAGAGCCCGGAAGGCUCGCUGCUUGGGCUCUGCGCAUAGCGCAUACCGUGUACGAAUACGGCAUAUUUUGUUUUCUUCGACAGUCACUUUCGUUCGAAGAAGGUUUUAGAACCGAUGAGAUAAGAGAUGAUGAGUUUUCCUCCACCGGAGUGUACAUAAAAAUGUAAAGCCUCCCCAUCCCUCGUGGGAUGUUCCUUCUACUCGUCUGUUUGACUCGUUGGCGUGGAGAUGUAUGAAGAGGAAGAAGAUAUGUGAGAAUUUGCAUCUUUUGUAUCUGCUUGUAUAAAAAUUAAGUGUAUCCUUUCCUACCUGAUA